UGACUAUGGCACUAUACAUAUAAUUGUAAAUAGUUUAUAGCGUUUUUGAGUGCGAAAGCCUAGUUAAAUGAGCAGAUUACUUAUUUUAAUUUCAGUAUUUAUGUAUAUUCUAAGUUAAACUAGUAUUAAAUCAUGGAUAUAACACCAAAUGAGUCGUCAAAUCGUGAAUCUUUAGUGCGCUGCCGCGCCUGCCUGUCCACCGAACGUAGACUGUUCAAUAUCCAUGAAUCCAAGCUUACCGACGCCUUUUCCCACAUCUCGGGGACUCCUGUGUACCAGGACCAUCUCCCGCAGUUCUUGUGCACAUUCUGCGGCGCGUUGCUGAUCAAAUGCGCUUCCUUCAGAGAGAUGUGCCUCCGCACACAGCAGACCCUCGUGCCGGAGCUAUACAAGCAAGCGUUGAAUACAGAGUAUAUCCACAGUAUACCCUCCCAUAGCAUCUACAACCUAACUAUAACUACAUUAGAGCCUCAAGAAUGCCUAGACACGGCACCCACUCUACCUGAUGUAGACAUAAAAGUUGAACCUAACAUAGACAUAGUAGACAUAGACAGUAUUAUAAAGAACAAUCUGAAAGUAGAAUUAGAAAAAAAAGAAAUUAAUGAUGACAAAGAUAAAGAUAUAAUAUUUGUGAAAAACGUUGAAAGUGUUAAAAAGAAAAGGAAAAGGUGUACAGGUAAGAAGAAUAAUACAUCAGAAGAUGAAUAUGACCCUGAACUAAAUGACAGAGAUGAUGACAGUAUUGUCAGUUUAGAAGAUAAAACGGAUCUAUAUAUAGAACUUGAUGAUAUUAAUGAUGAUAAUGUAUAUAGGAAAAUAAAUAAAUCUAAAGUGAAGAAAAAAGAAAGAAAAGGAAAGAAGGAUAUUGCAGUUAAAAAUAAUAAAAAAUUGAAAGUUUUACACAAACCCAAAGAGAUUACAAAGAGGACAGGGGCGAAAUAUCCGAGAGAUCCCACAAAUGACAUGCCGCUGUUUGAUUUUGAUAAGUUUGAGAAAGCUCAUGCUGUGCAAAUUGUUACUUUGAGCAAGGAAGAGCAGCUGGAAGAGAUCGCCUCGCGCAAGAAGUCCCGCAACUACCUGGAGUCCCGGUUCCGGUGCGACGACUGCGGGAAAGGCUUUGACGCUGAGGCCGCAUACAACAACCACCUACUGCGACAUAGUCCAAGCAUGGGCCAGCACCCGUGUGAGAUCUGUUCCGUGCGCUUCAAGCUGAAGUGCCGGCGCCAGCAGCACCAGGACCUGCACCGGCUCAAGUUCCUCUGCAAGGAGUGCAGCUUCGUCUCCAGAACCAGGAGUCAAGCAAAAAGACAUCACGCCAUGCACGCAGGCAAGACUUACGAGUGCCAGCACUGCGGGAAGACGUUCAAGAUGAGUUCAACGUACCUGACGCACGUGCGGCGCGCGCACGCCGCGCUGAACGUGGCGUGCGACGUGUGUGGCGAGACCUUCGUAGGGGAAAAGGGGCUCAAACUUCACAAGAAGAGGACGCACUCUGAGAACAUGCCACUAAGGCUCAAAUGCCCUGUCUGCUCAGCUAACUUCAACAGUUUAGAAGCUCUGAACAGACACACAGACACGGCCGGCGAGCACGGAGACCUGCGGCCGUGCGAGCAGUGCGGCGAGAACUGUGCGAGCGAGGAGGCGCUACACAGGCAUGUGGGGGAGGUGCAUCCGUCGGAAUUACGUCGGUGUGAUGAGUGCGGGAUGACGUUCCCCUCUGCGGCCUCGUACGACACCCACCACCGUCGCAAGCACCUGCAGCGGUACAAGGACGGGCGGAACGUCGCACGCAAACGUCGUGUCCCCCGCGCCCCGCCCCCCCGCGGGCAGUUCGUGUGCGAGCAGUGCGGACGCAUACUGCCGGUGUGUACUGUCUCACUCUUACAUACAUCUGCAGCGGUACAAGGACGGACGGAACGUUCAGCGCAAGCGCCGCCUCCCCCGCGCCCCUCCCCCCCGCGGGCAGUUCGUGUGCGAGCAGUGCGGACGCAUACUGCCGGUGUGUACUGUCUCACUCUUACAUACACCUGCAGCGGUACAAGGACGGGCGGAAUGUCGCACGCAAACGUCGUGUCCCCCGCGCCCCGCCCCCCCGCGGGCAGUUCGUGUGCGAGCAGUGCGGACGCAUACUGCCGGUGUGUACUGUCUCACUCUUACAUACACCUGCAGCGGUACAAGGACGGGCGGAAUGUCGCACGCAAACGUCGUGUACCCCGCGCCCCGCCCCCCCGCGGGCAGUUCGUGUGCGAGCAGUGCGGACGCAUACUGCCGGUGUGUACUGACUCACUCUUACAUACACCUGCAGCGGUACAAGGACGGGCGGAAUGUCGCACGCAAACGUCGUGUACCCCGCGCCCCGCCCCCCCGCGGGCAGUUCGUGUGCGAGCAGUGCGGACGCAUACUGCCGGUGUGUACUGUCUCACUCUUACAUACACCUGCAGCGGUACAAGGACGGGCGGAAUGUCGCACGCAAACGUCGUGUACCCCGCGCCCCGCCCCCCCGCGGGCAGUUCGUGUGCGAGCAGUGCGGACGCAUACUGCCGGUGUGUACUGACUCACUCUUACAUACACCUGCAGCGGUACAAGGACGGGCGGAAUGUCGCACGCAAACGUCGUGUACCCCGCGCCCCGCCCCCCCGCGGGCAGUUCGUGUGCGAGCAGUGCGGACGCAUACUGCCGGUGUGUACUGUCUCACUCUUACAUACACCUGCAGCGGUACAAGGACGGGCGGAAUGUCGCACGCAAACGUCGUGUACCCCGCGCCCCGCCCCCCCGCGGGCAGUUCGUGUGCGAGCAGUGCGGACGCAUACUGCCGGUGUGUACUGUCUCACUCUUACAUACACCUGCAGCGGUACAAGGACGGGCGGAACGUUCAGCGCAAGCGCCGCCUCCCCCGCGCCCCGCCCCCCCGCGGGCAGUUCGUGUGCGAGCAGUGCGGACGCAUACUGCCGGUGUGUACUGUCUCACUCUUACAUACACCUGCAGCGGUACAAGGACGGGCGGAACGUUCAGCGCAAGCGCCGCCUCCCCCGCGCCCCGCCCCCCCGCGGGCAGUUCGUGUGCGAGCAGUGCGGACGCAUACUGCCGAACGCGACGUUGCUCCGGUAUCACCAGCGCACGCACCAGGACGUGAAACCGUACGCCUGCACUGAGUGCCCGAAGACAUUCGCCUUGAAAUCUUCUUUAAACUUCCACAUGCGGUCGCACACGGGCGAGAGGCCGUUCCAGUGUCCGCUGUGCCCGCUCGCCUUUACCGUUAAGGCCAACCUCAACCGACACCACAGGACAGCGCACUUGAAGCUGCACCCCCGCAUCCCGUGCUCGAUCUGCGGGCGCGUGUUCACGACCAACUCGUGCGUGCGCGUGCACAUCAACACCGUGCACCACGGCCAGCCCGGGCCCAAGCGGGACCGGCGCAAGCGCAAGAAACCAGACUCACCCUGUACCAUCUCUAGUCUUACACAAUAG